AUGCUCGAGUUUGAUGUUGAAGGUGAUCGAGGCAAGAACAAGGACAAUAGCAAACUAAAUGCAGAUGUGGAUGCUUUUAAUGAGGACGAGAUUGUAACAAUCAUUGCAGAGGUCCAACGUGAGCAUACGCUAUCCUCACAGGAGCAACAGUUUGCACGUUUCAUGGUGACAAAGAUUGUCAAGUUCGCCAAGAGAAUCUUCCACUCUCCAACCAUCCACACUGACUUGAAGAGCUGCUGCGUAAAAGAGAAGAUCCCUGACAUUCAAAUAGUUCAAGCCAUUGCAACACACUGGAACUUGCUUGCACAGGCUAUCAGUUGUGCACUCAAGCUCUGUGCCGUGGUUGUACAGUUGCUGGACAUGCCGAAGUACAACAAGAAAGGCAAGAAAGGCAAGAAAGGUCUUGCUCACUUCAAGCUUGCUAGGGACGCAGUCAUGGCAGUAGCCAACUGCUUUUUCCAAGCAUUGCCACUCUCUCAACGACAAGUCAACUCGGUCCUCAUCUAUAGCCUCCAAGGGCUAAUUUCUCAGAUGCUACACUCUACCAUUCUCGACCUUCCCACAAAGCAUCCCGUUGCCGAACUACUGCAUCGACGAGCAGACGAGAUCCUGUGCGCCUUGAAUCUAGUAACAUUCCAUUGGGAUUCUCCUGGAAUUGGGCAGAAUCCCCACAAGCGAGAAUUCGACGUCUCGUUCCCCACACUACGUACCCAGCUGUUCUUGAUGCUUGUCGCGACCUGGUACCCCAUGCGUCGAACAUCCCAGUGCACUCUCGAGCUGGAGCAAAUAUCCCCAGAUAUCUCCAGCUCUCCUAGAAAAUGGCUGGCCUUCGCCACGCAGUGUUCUGGGGUCGAUCUCGACUUCGCCGAGAUGUCAGAAGAGGAUGUCUCUAUUUUCGCGCGGGCGGUCAACCAAGCGCUCAGGGAAAUGUACCACCAUUCGCCUCAAGACGUCGAGAAGCUCUGUCAGAUCAUGAUAUCCGCUCUCGAGCAAGUAACAUCUGUGCAUUGCAGAGCGGCCUUAUGCAUCCUUCACGAGACGUGGACCAAGCAGUUGAUCCAGGAUAAGGCGCUAGGCGACGAUAGCGACCAAAUCGUCUUAGCCAUGCUGGAGCGCUCUUCCAGCUCACUUCUACGCCUCCUACAGGCCUUACAAGUUGACGGCUGCGAUACCGAUGGUAAACUGGCAGGAUACCUUGUCGAUGUACUUCUCGUGGCGCAUAGGAUCCCAACCGAGCCCGCUGGACCGGAUACGGCUCUCGAGCCGUUCGGCGCACUCCGGCGUAGUACGAUGCUCCUGAAGGGGUGGCCAUCAGAUGUAGGCGAAUACGCGCAGGAGUGGCAUCGUCAGUUCGUCUGGACAGGAGGUCAUUGGAUCAGAGAGAUCGGUCGUAAGCUUUCGCCUUCCGCGUCCCAAGAUACCGUCAACUUCUCGCGCGAUUGCUCCGACGUCUUGCGAAAGAUGAUCGGAGCAAUGCAACUGGCGGAGCAAAAUGGUUGGCGGAACCGCGACCAAGACGACGCGAUCAUUCCUUGGCUGGAGGACCUGUUCUCUACUGUUCUCGAGGAUACGAACCACAAACCACACGGUGACGAGAGCCAUGCAACAGCUGACGUUCUCUUCCGAUAUGCGCCAGACGCCUUUGGAUCCUUUAUCGACGCACUCGAGCGCGUCGCAAAGGCACAUCAGUUCCGCAGUCCCCUACUCGACAAGCUCUACCUAAUGCGUCGCCAAAUCGUGGCUUCGGCCCCCGAAGAGACAGUCGCUCAGGGUUAA